UCGCCACCGCGUCUCCUGGCUAAGUCGCCUCACGAUUAAGUGAACGAAGCAAGCGACUGCCGCUGCCUCGAACUCGGCUUGCCUUAGGCCAGCGUUGGCAAGGCGGGAGAGCAGCCUAGCGUGAGGCCGCCGAAGCCUGGCUGCUCUUUUUUCUUCUUCCUCCCGCCUUCCGCCCCACGGCUCGCUGUGCCCGUAGAAAAGGCGCCCGCCCAAGCAGUCUCCGGGAACGGCGUCCCUCUAAGGCCCUGCAAUCGUCUGUAGCUUUAGCAGAAUGGGUGGCUGCGAAUAGUCCCUGUUUCCAUGUUUGGUGGAAGUAGCUACGUUCAGUUUCGUCCUCAAACGCAUUCUUCCUAUGAGUGAAUUUGAAUCCAGGUGUCCCCGAUUUCGAGUAGCCCUAACGAUCACGUUGCCCACGCCUUUUAAGCUUUUAAUCUUUCGAGAUCUGGAACAAUGAGUCUACGGAAACAAACCCCAAGUGAUUUCUUGAAACAAAUCAUAGGAAGGCCAGUCGUUGUAAAAUUAAAUUCUGGAGUUGAUUAUCGAGGUGUGCUGGCGUGCUUGGAUGGUUACAUGAAUAUAGCUCUAGAACAGACAGAGGAAUAUGUAAAUGGACAAUUGAAGAAUAAAUAUGGAGAUGCUUUCAUCAGAGGAAACAAUGUUUUGUAUAUAAGCACACAGAAGAGGAGAAUGUGAACCUACCUGAAGAUGGAAUAUUUUGUACUGCAACUUUUAUUUCUUAAAAUUCUUUUGUUUGUUGCUGAAUAUUUCAGUAAACAAGAUUAUUAUAGUGUGCUGUAAAGUUACAUGACCUGUAUAGAAGACUAGAUAUCUUUUAAUAUGUAAAAACAAAGUGGAAUUUUUUUUUCUCAGUUUGGUAUAUUUUUGUUAUACUUUGAAAAGAAAUAAAAAUGGAAAAUAA